AUGCCCACGCAAUCGUCCCUCCUUCUCUCCAGCCUCUGGCUAUUCACUCUGGCCGCAAGUGCACCAGCCCCUCACUGCGGCGCUGAAUGCCAAGUAGCAGCAAGAUCUCCAACGGUUGGGAAAGCCGUCUACUUCCUCACAAACGACGCACAGAACGCCGUGGUCGCCCUCCCAAUCGCCGCCGACGGCACCCUGUCCGACGGCACCGUGACCGCCACCAACGGCGCCGGUUCCAACGCGAUAGACGGCACGACCAACAAAACCUCUGCCCCAGACGCACUGGUCGGCCAAUCAUCCCUAACCAUCGCCGGCAACUCCCUCUUCGCCGUCAACGCCGGCUCCGACACCCUGACCAUGCUCUCCAUCUCCCCCUCCAACCCCACGCACCUCACCGCCCUCGGCCACCACCCCAUGCCCCUCCCCGGCGAGUUCCCCAACACCGUCGCCGCCUCCCCGAAGCACCGCCUCGCCUGCGUCGGCACGACGGGCGCCAAAGCCGGCAUAUCCUGCGCGCCGUUCCACCCCAGCCACGGCUUCGUGGGUGCGAUGGACGCCCUCCGCCCCUUCGACGACACGCUCGGCCAGACGACGCCGCCUGUCGGCCCGACGAAUACGGUUUCCCACGCCUUUUUCUCGGCGGAUGAGGGGAGGUUGUUUGUUACGGUGAAGGGCGACCCCGCGGCGAAUAAGACGGGGUUCGUGUCGGUGUUUGAUGUCGAACAGCAGCAGCAGCAGCAGCAACAGCGGCGGUGGUGGAGCAGGGGCGCGGGGGGCAAGAGGGCGCGCGCGAAGCUGGCGUCUUGCGAUACGCGGUCGUCGCCGGCGGGCACGGCGGUGCUGUUCGGCGCGGCGCUGGUGCCGGGGAGCAAGGACAAGGUGUUCGUGACGGACGCGGCGUUCGGGGCGGCGGUGUUGUCGGUGAGUGGCGACAACAACAAUCGGGCGGAGCUGCUGGCGAAGCAGGCGGUGGAUGGGCAGAUGGCGACGUGCUGGGCGACGGUGUCCGAGGCGACGGGCACCGCGUUCGUGACGGAUGUCGGGGUGAACCGCGUCGUGGAGAUGAGUGUCGAGGAUGCGAGCGUCGUGGGCGUGGUGGAUUUGGCGGCGCAGAAUGGCGAUCCGGGGCUGAUCGAUUUGAAGGCGGCGGGGGAUUUCGUCUACGCGCUCUCGCCAGGGAAUGGGAGUAGCCCGGCUGCGGUUACGGUGCUGGAUGUCUCGGGUGGGAGGGGAAAGGCGAGGAUGAUUCAGCAUUUUGAGUUGACGGGGAUGGGGGUGGGGAGGAAUGCGCAGGGGAUGGCGGUUAUGAUGUAG